AUUGUUCUCCAUGGGUGUGAUCUAACCACAACAAUCAGGAAUUGUUUUGACCGAUUGAAGGUCAACUGCGGAAAUAUAGUUUGUCUGACCACGGCGGUAGUUUUUGCUCCUAAUGUUGUCCUUAGUGGAGCGAGAAUUCGGGGUUGUGUGCACAAAAGUUGUUCACUCACCUUGUGAUGUUAAAAUAAAUUGUGAUAUUGAAAAUGAGUGUCCUAAAUCCUCCAAUGGCUUUGUUAAAACGUUUAGAUGUGACGACUUUGAAGGGAACCCUCUAAAAAUUGAAAAAAUAGCGAACUUAUCAAUUGAGUCAAGUUUUACUGACUCACAAGAAGAAUCUACAGGGCCAAGCUCAAGAUUCUUCGACUUUACAAGACUCAAACCUCUGGAGCAUAAACCUGUUGGAGGAUAUAUCGAUAACGUACUUUAUUUUGUACGUGAAAAAGGUGAACAGUUUGUUGGGUUGUUUCCAAGGACUAAGACUUUCAAAAGAAUUCUACGCAUUAGUUCAGAGUUUAAUGUUGAUGUAAAUCAUUCAAUUAAAGAAUUAUUUCAUGAAUUAAUCCCUUCUUUUCUUAAUUUUGUUUGCACUUAUGAGUGCAUGUACAAACUGUCUCAUGAAGUGUUCCAAGCACGAUAUGAAACAUGUGACGACAAAGUACUUAGUCCCCCUCUAUCGUUUGUUUCUGGAGAAUUGACUGUGAAUAUCGCGCCCUACAAGCUUAAUGAACUGAUCUCAAAGGUUUUGGAGGAAAUACGCAUUUUAAAAGAUUUAUAUCGAGCUUACGAGUGCGACUCAUCAGUUUGGCUAGCAAACUCUACAGUUAAUAGUGAACAAUUCAGGACUGAGAUUCCGGAUAUAUUCAAAUCAGUUAAACCAAAUCAUGUUGAUCGACCUGAUGGAAGUGAUUAUGGUGUUAAUUUUAAUCACCUGCUUUCUGGACGAAAAUUGGAUUCAUCUGAAGUUCUUUGGAGUGUACUUAAAGGGUCGCCAGAUAAAGACACCUUCAGAACCUGUGUUGAAAGUGCUUCUGAGUAUUUAGCCGGCGAACGUGAGCUAAUUCAUCUUGCUAGCCACAACCAUACUCAACUCGCUUGCAGACUACGUCAUCUACACGAUCCUACAGAAACAUACGGUCAAAAUCCCUAUGAACUUUUUAAUUUUGGUAUCAAAACCCUUAUCGAAAUUGGUCUCCAUAAAGUAAUAAACGACUGUGUUUAUCUUCUCGAAAGUAUGAUUCCAGAGUCGUCUACAUUUUUUGAAAGCGACAAACAAAGUGGAUGGAAUUUAGAAAGUCAAUGGGAUGUAUUACACCAUUUAUUUAAGUCCGUAUCAUUUUUGGUAUGUCUUAGAACAACGGUAUCGAAAUCAUCUUUACUUUCUGAAUUAAGAAAAAUUAUGGCUCAAAAAUCGCCAAAAAAUGAAUGGAAAUCUGCACUGUACGAGCCUAAUAAUAAGCCAUUUUGUAUGACUCAUAGUUUCUCUCUACCUGUAUCUGAGUUAGUUGUUCCACUAUCGAUGUUAUCUCCAGAUCUUUGGAUUAUGCGCAUAGAUGCCAAGCAUCCUGUGCCAACAUCAAUACGCAUUAUUUACGAAUUGGUUACAAAAGACGGUUUGUUACUUUUUAGUCUAUUUAAAAGAAUCACCGGUAUUAAUUUUCAUUAAAAUCUUUGGCUUUAGUUAAGUAACGAAUAAUUUAAUGGUCAACUUUUCGAUUUUAUUGUGUUAAUCUUCUUAUUUCUGUAAAACAAGUUUAUAACUUACACUUUACUCAGAAUACUAAACAGAAGUACAGAAUAUUCAUCUGAUUUAUUCGAAGAAAAGGAAGGAAAUAAUAUUAGUAGUGUAUCUUGUCAGGCCACUUGGAAAACUUUCAGUCAUAGAUAUCGUACUACGGACCUAUCAAGACAAUGGAAUAUAUAUAUUCAAUACAUAUGUAAAAGGAAAAAUGACGGUGAAGUGGUGAAUGGGGUGGAAAGAUCCACUGUGCCAAUUGUUGGUUAAAUAUUCAGUAUCGUCCAUAUUUUCUUAUCUCUUAAUCGUUCUUUCUUAACUUGUAUUUGUUUACUGUCAUUUCAGUGCUAGCAUGGGAUGUAUAUCUUAAGAUGUAAUGUCGUUUAAAUCAGUUCUGUUUAUCUAUUCAUAUUAGGAUUUGCACUUUGAAAACACACAGAUUGAAUGGGUAUUCCUUUAGUAAAUAAUUCAUGAUGAGGGUUCAAAAAGCAAUAGAUGUUUGGUUUGACGUCAAGUGCAUGAACUUAUACUUGAUUGCUGAGUUGCAUUGUGUAUUGCGAUGGCUUAGUGGUUACAGCAACUUGACCUAACGCAUUGAAGUCGAACUAAUAACAUGUUUGACUAAAGAUUGAUUGUAAUGUGUUGAUAUUGCUCAUCAAGAUGUACGUGAUAGAGUACCUAGAACACAAUUCAUGCUAUUGAUAACAAAUUAUAAAAUGUAAAAGCCAGGUCAACAACCGUAAUAAAAAGUGAAUAAAAACUGAAUAGACUUUGACGGAUUAUUUAAAUGCAUCCCAAAACUGCAAAUUGCACUGCCACACUGAUAUAAACUAUAGAUGGAUAGUGAUAGUUUGUAAGAAUAUUGUUAUUGGUGUACUGUUGAUAAAUAACGGAACAUCAAUUUAAUGAAUAAACAGAAAGGUACAUUUUCCCUUUUUGAAGAUGAUUAAAAUCAUUUCCAUUUAAUAUGUAAGUAACUUUAUGAAACCAUUUGUAAGAUGUCGUGUAAAUGUAACUUUUACUAUCUCCCUUUUUAUUAAACUCUACCUUUCACAACUUAUCUAUUAUCUACCCAUCUGCUUUUUAGGACAAGAACAGUAUGCAUGCCA